AUGAAUACCGCAGUGCUACAGGGCUCUAUUAUGGCCACGUCGCAUGGCAUCACCCGGCUGAAUCGGCACCGUUUUGGUCGUGGAUUUCAUAUCGCUGCGCAUGACCGCAUUGGUUAUCAGAUUCGAAAAAGGUCGGACUGUUGGGAUUACCUGGUCCGGGUGGUUAGAGCUGGGAACUAUUACUCGAAAGAGUUUCUCCGAAUAAAUGUAGGCGGACAUCGUUUUAUGCUUAAAAAGGAGACGAUUGUUGGACGGAAAGUCGGUGACCUCGCCGACGCAUACUUCUCUUCCACCAACGAAUACUAUUUCGAAAGACCGCCAUCUUUAUUCCAUAUCGUCUAUCAAUUUUAUUUAACCGGACAGAUCCAUCAGCCUUCUCAUUUGUGCCCGAUAGAUAUAUUAGAUGAGCUGGACUAUUGGGGUAUUAUGCCCGACAACUACCUCGCUCCCUGUUGCUGUGCGGAAGAUAAGUCACCAAAUCAGUUCAAACAGUUGCGUUUUGGCGAGUUGCGAAGAAAAGUCUGGAACGUGAUUGAAGAGCCCACGAGUUCUGGCUAUGCUCAAGUGUUCGCAACGUUUUCCGUAUUAUUUGUAUUGAUAUCCAUUUCUGGACUUGUUUUGGGCUCGCUUCCUGAGCUUCAGAUUUCCGUACAAAAGAAUACUACUGAAGGUAUCGUAAACGAUAUGGAACCGCUUCCGAUUCUCGGUUACAUAGAAUAUAUAUGCAUUGUCUGGUUCAUUUUAGAAUACGCUACAAAAAUGCUGGUCACGGCGGACCGGCGGAAGACAUUUUUUCAGCUGCUCAAUAUUAUCGAUUUGAUGGCAAUCUUGCCGUUUAUCAUCGAAAUGUUGCUGUUUUUGUUUGGUGUUAGCACGGAACAGCUGAGAGAUCUCAAGGGCGCUUUCUUAGUCAUCCGAAUCCUACGAGUUUUGCGGGUGAUUCGAGUACUUAAACUCGGCCGAUAUAGCAGUGGCUUACAAAUGUUCGGAAAAACGCUCAAGGCAUCGUUCCGUCAGUUGGGCAUGAUGGCGAUGGUCGUAAUGACGGGUGUGAUUUUCUUUUCAACAUUGGUUUAUUUUUUGGAAAAAGACGAACCUGGCUCACAAUUCUACUCGAUACCAGCUGCAUACCUUAUUCUUUCAGGCUAUGGAGAUCUCACGCCAGUUACUGUAGCUGGCAAACUAGUGGCAACCGGUGCUAUAGCUUGUGGAGUGCUCGUGCUGGCCCUUCCCAUCACUAUUAUCGUAAGUGUUAUUGUAAUAUUGGUAUUACCGCUUUGCUUCUGA